ACGAAAAUGGAUAAUUCAGAAAGUAAUCCAUCUUAUGAUCAAAACGAAAAUUUCACCCCUGCUUCACAACCUCCUUACCUGACAAGAGAUCAAGAGCAUGAGAUCAUAGUCUAUGCUUUGCGUCAAGUGAUAACCAGCCCCGGUGGUGACACGUCAUCAUCAAACUCGUUCGCCAGAGAAGCUCUUCCGCGUCCGGAAGCUGGCCCUUGUCCUCUCUGCGGCGUCACCGGUUGCUACGGUUGCGCAUUCCCACGACACGAAGAAGAGAUCAAAAAGAAGGAGAAGAAGCACAAAGGAGUGAGGAAGAAACCAUCAGGUAAAUGGUCGGCGGAGAUAUGGGAUCCUAAUAUGAAAGAAAGUAGGUGGCUUGGAACGUUUCCGACCUAUGAGAUGGCGGUGCAGGCUUACGAGGAGGCGGAUGCUGCGCUUGUCAGAAGAAGAUGA